AUGAUUGACGAAGAAAUUGUUGCCAUAACAGGUGGUAGCGGAUUUCUUGCGCAACAUCUCAUUUCAUGUUUACAGCGGACGAAAGGAGCUAUUGUCGAGAUUCGAACCAUUGAUAGGAAUCCAUUCAGUAGAUUUCUCGAUUACCCGGCAUGUAUCCCUUUAAUACAUCAUCAAUUUGAUAUUUGUGAUGAAAAUGAGCUUAAAAAAGCGCUUAAUUCUGUGACAACUGUAUUUCAUUGUGCUGGUAAAUCAUUGGAAUAUUUACACGAUGGUAUCAAUCAUACCGAUCAAUAUUGGUAUGAUAAUACAAAUGCAACGGAAAUUCUGCUAAAAGUUAUGCAUGAAGAAAAGAUUCCACGUUUGAUUCACGUAAGUGAUGCGUAUGCAAGUUUACCAGAGGGUGAUAAUUACGGCUUAUCAGAGCAAAUGCAUCUCGGUUUUCCGAAUAGUUUCAUGCUUGGAAUAUAUGGACAGUCGAAAAUACGGGCAGAAAUGUGUGUUCGAAAAGCUGCUGCUAAAGGUCAAAUAAAUGCACUAAUCUUACGCCCUACAUUUAUCUACGGUGAAGGAGAAAAGCAUUUAUUGGGUUCAGCAUUAAAAUUAUGUUCAGCAUAUGGUGGUAUUCCAUAUUUACAGGAUGAAAGUAGAGGACAUCAUCAGUUUCUUUAUGCGGGUAAUAUGGCAGCGAUAAUGAAACGAGGAAUGGUAUGCUUGAAAGAAAGUCCGGAACGGUAUAAUGGUGAGGUUGUAAUUUGUAUGGAUUGUACACCGUGUAUACGAUUUGUUGAUUUUAUGGAACCAUUUUUGGAAGCAAAUGGUAUGAAACGUAUAAGUACAUUGAGCUAUUUACAAACGCAUUUAACGGCAAUAUUUUAUGAAAUUUUAAAUCGAAUUGCACCACAAAAAUCUUUCGGCCAUUUGACAUUAAUGGCAAACAAAUUUAUUAAUUGUUGGACAGUUGGAUUUUCCAAUCGUAAAUUACGUCUGUUGCUUGAUUUCGUGCCGCCAUAUGAACAAUCGCAAGCAGUGGAUCAGUCGCUAUGUUGGCAUCGCAAAAAUGGAAAAGCAA